AUGCAGCCAGCAUUCCUACAACCAAUAUCACCAGGGCGAACCUCUCCCAAUUCUGCGCCAGAGAGUGCUCAUAGGACAGGCACAAGAGAUCUUCCUGACCUGGUUCCUGAUCCUAACUAUGUUCAAGCUUCUGUCUACAUCCAAAGAGCCCACAUGUAUUCUCUGCGAUGUGCUUCUGAGGAGAAAUGUCUUUCCAGCUCAGCCUACAGCCCUGAGACGACCGACUAUGACGUAAGGGUGCUGCUGCGUUUUCCACAGAGGGUGAAGAAUCGGGGCAAAGCUGACUUCAUGCCUAACAGACCACAGCAUACAUGGGAGUGGCACAGCUGUCAUCAACACUAUCACAGCAUGGACGAAUUCAGCCACUAUGAUUUACUGGAAGCUAGCAGUGGGCGCAAAGUGGCAGAGGGACACAAGGCCAGCUUCUGUCUGGAGGACACGACUUGUGACUUUGGACAUCUGAAACGUUACGCGUGCACGGCUCACACUCAGGGGCUGAGUCCAGGCUGUUAUGAUACAUACAACGCUGAUAUUGACUGUCAGUGGAUCGAUAUAACAGAUGUUCAGCCUGGAAACUACAUUCUAAAGCUUCAGGUCAAUCCAAAGUUCUUGGUGAGAGAAUCGGAUUAUACCAACAAUGUGGUUCGAUGCAACAUUCACUACACAGGACGUUUUGUGAGGACGACCAACUGCAAACUGUCCCAGGUUUGA